UGAUGUUGAUGAAGUGGGAUGAACGUGCAGGAGGAGCGUUUAUGCCUCGGGUCUGGCGUAUGGCAUAAUCGCGGUCGACGAUGAAGGAUUGGAUUCCCGAGUGCGAAGCCAUUGUGAGCAUGAAAGUGCAGCAAGCACUCCCCGCCCACUCUCCAACAUCUCUCCUUCCCUCAUCCGCGCAAAACUCUCCAGGUCUCCCAACACCAUUGUCGACAUCCACGCCAUCCCCGAACCAAAACACCUCGCUACCUGAUUGGAGGAAAAUUAGUGUUUCACGCCACGUCCCGUCUGAAACAGCCCCGUUCCUGGGCGGCCGACCCGAGGUCCAGGUACCCGCCUCGCUUCCGCACGAGCAAGACCGCCCUCUCGGCGAAUUGGACGGAGAAACGCUUCGUCAAUGCGUCAUCUACGCAAAACGGCGCUACGGAGGCGUGGAUGAGAUGAGGUGCCGUUCAUGCCGUGUGAUGUUGGAGCCUGAGAAGUUCAGGCUUCGCGGUGUUUUGAAACGGUUCGACGGCCUGUUGCUUCGUUCUCGCUAUUGUAUGCUAACGACGAGGGACGUAAAGCGUUACUCACAACGCGAAUCUAUUGUAGAGAGCGGCUUUAGGAAGUGGGCGAAGGUGGGUCGAUCCGCCUUACCCCUUCUUACGCAGUCUGUAGGCGAAAAAUAUGCUGAGAGAAGAUGUUCACUUCAAAUAGCAGGAGGGCAAAGCACCUCUUUAUCCUCGCCCAUUGGCAUCGCUCCAGGAAGAGUCGCAAUCAAUAUUGCGUCAGAUUGAGCAGAUUCGAGCUCGUAGCAACUGGGCCAAGCUCCGCAUCCAGGCGGGAAUAGCUCUUCAGGUAGGCCCAGCCCAACCGUUGGCUGCUAAUGGAAAUAAGUCGAGAGACCUAUUAGGAGAACAGCAUCAUUCCAACCACGCCUGCAAGCCUCCGAGCACCAAGCCCGCAAGUGUAACCACCCAUCCAGCGACUCCGAAUGCGCCCUGCACAUCGCCCUUCUUAAUCGUCCACA